UCACAGCAAACAGAACAAUUUUUAAAACAAACUGUCAUAUGAAUCUAAUAUGGCAGUGCUUUUUGAGGGAAAACUUAUUCAAAAUUUAGAAUUUGGUCAUAUUUUGGAAAUUGGUGGUAAGGCAGAUAAUGAAGAAUCAUGGUUCAGUAUUUCCUUGGCCACAGGCAAAUGCAGCAGCAAAGCUGACUUUAGCUGUGAUAUAGGUUUCCAAAUGACCACCAACCCCCUAGAGGAGAAAAUCCUAUUUAAGCAAUUGAUAAAUAUGCAAACACAGGAAGUGGAUGACAUCGAUUUUGAUCCUGCAGAAUUUCGUCAAUACUUUAAAAUCCUUAUUACCAUGGAUGAACAAAAAUUCCAUGUGUCCAUCAAUCGUCAAUCUGUGACUUUUGUGCGUUAUUGUCUGCCUUUGAAUGCAUUGAGUACUUUGAAGAUUGAAGGUCAUUUGAUGGUCAUCAAACAAGUGGAUCACCGCAAAUAUUUUCCCACCCCAUGGCCCUUAAUACAAAUCUCCGAUGAUAAUUUGAUGUUUAGUCAAGAUCUGCCAAUUACAUUGCAAGCAGGCCAUGUUAUGGUUAUGACCAUGAAAUUAUUGGGCAAAACUAAUGGCAGAUUUAAUUUGAAUUUUCCCCAUGGGGAUAACAAUAAGAGUCUAGUGGCCCAUAUAAGUGUACGUUUCGAUAGAAGGACAAUUGUUAGAAAUGCCAAAUUGCCUUUAAUGACUUCAAAUCCCUAUAGACUGCAGUAUGGCAUUGAGGAAACCUUGUGUGACUUUCCAUUUGAUGACUUAUCGAAACCCUUUAAACUGGCUGUGGGCUUUACACCAAACUCCUUGAAAAUGGCUAAGGAUGGCAUUUUCCUUUUUGAGUUUGCCUUCAGAAGUUCACAUGUUUUAUCUAGUAUUACUGGUCUGAAGAUUUUGGGCCUAAAUGGCAUGAGAGUUCGCCUCUAUGCCUUGGACCAUUUUCAUUUGGAUGAUGUGCAAUGUCAAGGAUUUGAAUCGUAUUCGGAUACGUAGUAUGUGGGAAAGAAGAGUGAGAGAAUAAGAGAGCGAGAGAGAGAGACCUAUAGAGAUUAAUAAUGUCAUAGACUUAUAAACUAUCAGAAAUAAAGAAUUUGUGCUUCAAGUUUCAACUGUUCACAUAACUCAAGUCAAGACCAUAA